CAGAAGUAGUCACGGCCUUGGAGCUCGCCAAGGCCAAGGCGAUCCGGCAGCUGGAGAGCGAGGACGAGGACGAGGAGGACGUGAGCGAGUCCGGGCGCGACGACGUGUCCAACACCCUGAAGGUGCUGACGGCCAAGCUAGAGGACUUGCGCACGUGCCACGACCUCAUCAUGAAGCACGGGGCGGCGCUGCAGAAGUCCCUGGCCGAGCUGGAGGCCCUGGACAACACGCAGGACCUCACGGCCAAGAUCAAGACGGUCAACGAGAGGGCCACGCUCUUCAGGAUCUCGUCCAACGCCAUGAUAAACGUGAGUGUUGUCUUUUUGUUUGAAGCCGUUCCGUCUAUUAUUCUUAUCCUUCGUUAUUCUCUCGUUUUUAUUUUUUUUAGGGGGGAGGGGAGGGGGUUCGUUUGUUUAGGUUUGGGUCGGGAUAGGGGGGAGUAAGGAGGGGGAAGGGGU